AUGUAUCGCCCAGGUUGUACUAAAAACAAGGACAAAACCCAAACGAGAUGGCACAAGCCAAAACGAGUGGGGGGACAGCAGAGCACCCAGAUGGAGAUGCUAGGUGCUCCAAGCUAUUGAAUAGUAGCGGGUAUACUUCUGCGUUUGUACACAACAUAGAGCUCUUACCAAGCUAAUCCUCUUCUUCUUUAAGUUUUUAUUGGCGGAUCGCAACCAACUGACAGGUGCAUACACCGCCACCUACUAUACUGGAGUGCGAGGCCGUUCACGACCUAUCUAUAACAUGGGUUCCCCCCAAAAAAUAACUUGGGGGGGCCCCCCUUCCAGCAUUGGGGAAUAUCCUGCGCGCUCACGCACCACGUAUAUUUCUAUGGGCACAAGCACCGUUCAUUUUACCUUUAUUUAACUAGGCAAGUCAGUUAAGAACAAAUUCUUAUUUACAAUGAAGGAAACUGUUCACACCCCUCUUGUUGGUGCACAGAAUUAUUUUUUAUUUUAUUUAUUUUAUUUUUAUUAGGAAUUAUGUAGGUUUAAUGCUUAUUUCCUGCAAUUCUACACGUUUUGUCAUGGGGGGGUGCAAAGAACAUUUUGCAGUUUUAAAGCACAUUUUCUUGCUAUUCUAUACAUUUUGCCAUGUCUAAUGUGUAUUCAUGUGAUAUUUGAGUGACCAAAAAUUACAACAAUAUCUAUGGGCUAAAAAAAAUUAAAUAAAAAAUGUUUAACUGGCGCGCCCCACAGUUUGGGAACCACUGAUCUAUUCCACUAACCCUGAAUGUCUAAUAAAAUAAAAUAAUUCCCUACAAACCUCACUACUCACAUCACCCCCACCCAAAAUACCAUCCAUUCCCCAAACCUCACUACUCACAUCACUCCCACCCAAAAUACCACCCAUUCCCCAUUCCGGUCUAACCUCUCUGACCCUGUCAAACAACCUCUCCCUUUCUACAUCAUAUAUUUCACAAAAUAAUAAACAUGUUCAACCGUUUCCUCUACCAUAAAACCAUUACACAUUCCAGUACCAUGUUUCUUUAUCAAUUUCAAAGAGAAAUUAAAUCCUGUAUGCCCUAAUCUCAUCCUACAUAACAUAACUUCCUCCCUUCUGCUCCCUUUUUAUGACGCUAUCUCCCGUACAGAUUUCCUUGUAAGCAAAUCCUCUCUGUAAUUAAUUGAGAAAAGGAAGAGGUGGAAGUCUUCUUCUUCUUCUUCUUCUUCUUCUGUUUCUUCUUCUUCUUCUGUGGUUUUGACAUGGCGGUUGGCAACCAACUUUAAGUUCCAUUACCGCCACCAACUGGACUGGAGUGUGGACCAGAGACAGUGAAAGUCUAAAUCCUGCCCAAUAUUCUCGUCUCCCUAAGGAAACGAAAUACAUAAUUAAAUACUACAUCCCCUGAAGAUUUCCCCAGCAGUUCACUUAAUCCUUGCUCUUCAACCCCAUUACUCUUCAAAUCUAAUAACAAUCACUCCCUUUCCCUCCCAUAUUUCUGGCACUGAAAUAGAAAAUGUUCCACUGUCUCCAUCUCCUCCUGACAAUGAUCACACCUCCCAGUCGGAUGUUUUCCCACCAAUUUCAAUGUACUAUUGAGCCUUGUGUGUCCCAGUCUCAGCCUUGUGAUUACACUUUCCUCCCUUCUCUCUCGGCCUGAGGACCUCCCUGCCUCCACCUUUUCCUGGAUCUUAUACAGGUGUCUUCCCUUUCUCUCACUAUUCCACAACUCUUGCCAUUUGUUUUCAACCACUGUUCUUAUUAACCCCUUGGCUUGUGCUUUACAGAUUGACAAUUCCAUCUCAACAUUAGGAUGUUUAAGAGCCUGCUUGGCGAUAACAUCCACCUCCUCAUUCCCCUCUACUCCCACAUGAGCUGUUACCCAGAGGAACAUCACAAAUACCCCCAUCUGUUUCACCCUAUAAAAGCACUGCACAACCUCAUACAAUAAAUCCUUUCUGCUCUGAGACACACAUGAAUUUAAGCUCAUCAGUGCUGCACAGGAGUCAGAGCAGAUGACUACCCUGUCUGGCCACACCUCCUCCACCCACUCUGCAGCCAAUAGUACGGCCAACAACUCCAUUGUGUAAACAGAUAAAUGAUCCGUUGCUCUUUUUAUCUCUGCCACCUUAAACUCAGGAACAUUAAAAUCUGCACCUGUCCUCCCUGUUUUAGGGUCCUUCGAUCCAUCUGUGAAUAUAUUCAAGAAAGCAUAAUAUUGUGUUCUUAAAUGUUCACUUACAACUGAAUCUACUCCUCAACAGCUCAUACCCUCUUAAGCAACCCUAGAUCUAUCACUGGCUGAGGAAGAAACCAAGGUGGGAUAGCAGGAAGAACCACAGAGGGGGUAAACUCCCUCCAAAACAACCCCAUCUCUGUCGCCAUGGCAUUGCCUAUCCACCCAAAGCUUGUAUUCAGAUUGUGUUCAUGUUCCCAGCACUCUAGGAGCACCUUUUUUGUAGGAUGUGUAACCAUAUGUCCCUGUAGAUUUACCCAAUAUGUCAUGGCUAGCUGUUGUCUUCUUAACUUUAACGGCAUCUCUCCCAACUCUACCUACAUCACUGCCACAGGGGAGGUCCUGAGUGCUCCACAACAUAUAUUUAGGACUUGGGCCUGGAUUACAUCUAGCUUUUGUAAAGAUAUCUGAGCUGCUGAUCCAUAUGCUACACUUCCAUAAUCCAGUGAUGACUUUAACAGCGCUAUAUAUAGCAUUUUCAACGGCAUGCUAUCUGCCCCCCACUCCAUUCCUGACAAGCAACGCAUCACAUUCAAUAUUUUCUUUCCUUUGGCAACUAUUUCUCCCUCCCACAGUGCCCCAUCAUCCGCAAACAAUGACCUCCCAAUAUCAGGUCUCACCUGAGAGAAUACAUCAUCAAUCAUAAUGGAUAACCACAAAGGACUAAUGACACUUCCCUGGGGGGUACCAUUAUCUACCUCAUAGCUUUCUGACAUAGAGCUCCCCACCCUCAUGACACUUCCCUGGGGGGUACCAUUAUCUACCUCAUAGCUUUAUGACAUAGAGCUCCCCACCCUCAUGACACUUCCCUGGGGGGUACCAUUAUCUACCUCAUAGCUUUCUGACAUAGAGCUCCCCACCCUCAUGACACUUCCCUGGGGGGUACCAUUAUCUACCUCAUAGCUUUCUGACAUAGAGCUCCCCACCCUCACUUGUAUUGAUCGCCCAAAAAUGUAAUCCUUUCUCCAGUUAUAAGCCCUUCCUCCAACCCCCAUGAUAUCCAGCUUGAUAAGUAGGCCUUCCUUCCACAUCAUAUCAUAGGCCUUCUCUACAUCAAAGAAAACGGCUACCACCAACUCCUUAUUUGCCUGUGUCUUCCAUAUGACUGACUCAAGGCACAGUACAGGAUCCAUCGUUCCCCUGCCUUUCCUGAACCCACUUUGAUCUGGUGACAUUAGUCCUCUACUCUCCAGAAAGUAAGUCAGCCUUUCCGUUGUCAUCCUUUCCAUAAGUUUACAUACAUCAGAUGUCAACGCUAUCGGCCUAUAGCUUGAAGGACUAGUAGGGUUUUUCCCUGGUUUCUGUAUCGGCACCACUACAGCCUGCUUCUAACUUCCAGGCAGUUUCCCUUCCUGCCACACCUUAUUGUAAAGGCCCAAGACUUUCCCCAUUGCAGUGUCACUGAGAUGAGCCAUCAUGCUGUAACACAUCUCAUCCUUCCCAGGAGAUGUUACCCCAGCUUUAGCUAAUGCCCUCUUCAUCUCAGCCAACGUAAAAGGGGCAUUGAAUGCACCCCCCCCGGAUGUUCUCUUCUGUCCCUCUCUCUCCCAUGCUGGCCCUCUUCUGUCAGAUUAUUUGAGCAAAUGCUUGGGCUAACUUACCUGCCUUCUCCAUAUCUCUCACUGCGACAAUCCUACCACUUUUCAGCACAGGGAGAUCCCAAUCUCGUCUGACCCCACUCAUCUUCUUAAUCAUCCCACAUACCUGUUUCCACAGAACCAGCGGCAAUACUCCCUCUUAGCUGUCUUAAUGAUUCCCAUAGGAAUCACCUGCCUUGCUCCUUCUCCCCCCUGUACCCAAAGGAAUCACCUGCCUUGCUCCUUCUCCCCCCUGUUCCCAUAGGAAUCACCUGCCUUGCUCCUUCUCCCCCCUGUACCCAUAGGAAUCACCUGCCUUGCGGCUCCUACUAUUGCUCCUCUUACUCCAUAAUUGACUGUUUCUAUAUCUGAACUGAGAUCAACCUGAGACAGCUCCUAUUCACUCAACUCCUGAAACUGACCCCACUCGGCUUUCCUAAACAUCCAUCUCCUCAAUCCAUUUCCUACUGAAUUUUCCACCCUCAACCCUACAGUACACAUGACAGGGUAGUGAUCACUAGAGGGGGAAGUAGUGCGACGACAACUAUUUAAGGGGUCAGCCGCAGCCUCAGCACUACCCGGUACACAGGACUAAUCGGAAUAUAUCCUGCCACUCAGAAGGAUACCAUAUCAUAUUGGAGUGAUCCAAUAUAGUGCUAAAUCACAAUAACACACCUAUCUGUAACAUCAACAGCCCACGAAUACAGUGGGUAACAUCUUCCUGGAACUCUAUCGUUUUCUCAAUAGUCCUUGCCUGGUGAUAGAUCAGACUUUCACACUCGGAUUUAAAAGAGGCUACAACAGCCCCAAAUAUCUCCUCAGCAGCCGCUGUUAAUAAUGCCUGGUUGAAAAACACUCUCAACAUCUAGAAUGUAAGCAUUUUUGUAGAGAAUGCUAGCUAGCUAGCUACCGGUAGUUCGUACUAUUUAUAUAGCCCUGCACAGCGUAGUCAAAAUUGCGCACUAUUGCCACCUGCUGGAGCGGAGUGCAACGGAUUCUACUGCAUAUUGUGAUACCACUUGAUUAUGGAAGGGAAAGGGGAUACCUAGUUAGUUGCACAACUGAAUUCAUUCAACUGAAAUGAGCUGUCUGAUGCAAGCAUUUGAUAUCUCUAAAACAUUUAAAUGAUUGAAUGCUCUUGUUGUAAAAAGGAGCCCAAAAGGCAAAUAGUUCUAACGUUCAUCCCACACCCAACUGUAAGUAAUGUUCAAACUAAUUUCUGUUUGAUCGCUGAACUGAAGCAUAGUUUGAUUUCUCUCUGGCUCAUCCUCAUUGUGGUUAGAACUAUUAAAACAACAAGAACACUGAGUAUUCAAGUAAUUCGAUUUCUCUCAGAGCUGUUGUGGAAGGGAGAGCAGUUUAUCGCCUUACCUUUCUGAAGUAAACCUUCAUUUCUGUUUCAGAAUAGAUCUGGUAUUGUGUAACAAAUGAAAGUAAUGAUCUCUCUCUCUCUCUCUCUCUCUCUCUCUCUUCUCUCUCUCUCUCUCUCUCUCUCUCUCUCUCUAUCUCUCUCUCUCUCUCUCUCUCUCUCUCUCUCUCCUCUCUCUCUCUCUCUCUCUCUCUCUCUCUCUCUCUCUCUCUCUCUCUCUCUCUCUCUCUCUCUCUCUCUCUCUCCCCCUCUCCCCCUCCCUCCCUCCAGGCACACAGAAAAUAUGUCUGAUCAUUCUCAACCAGCCUAUGGAAAAAGACUACCUUCAUACACUCUGGAGUAAAGGUAUUCAUCGUAUAGCUUUUCUAUUAAUUAGUGUUGGACACCAACAUUGAUCAUUCAAUAUGAUACCAAAAUCAUUGAGCAAGGUAUGAUUUUAGUCAUUUAGCAGACACUCUUAUCCAGAGCGACUUACAGUUAGUGAGUGCAUACAUUUUCAUACUGGCCCCCCGUGGGAAACGAACCCACAACCCUAGCGUUGCAAGCGCCAUGCUCUACCAACUGAGCUACAGGGGACUACAUAUCAUGAUAUCGUUUUUUCUUUCCUCUUAGCUUACACUAUUGUGAAAUAAAGCAUACAUGACCCUUGCACAAAACCCCUUUCUCAGACCUUCAUGCAGGCUAUCAAGUCAACAUACUUAAUUUCCCUGCUGAUGGCCCAUCAGAGGUGGAUGGGAUUCCUUUUGAAAUUGAGACUGGUUGGCUUCCAGAACAUUCACAUCUGGCUGUUUGGCCAAUUAGCAGUUGUCUGGACUCCCCAGAGCUUUUGGGGGUGAAUACUGAAGUAAACAUUUAAACAGUUUCUAUUGGUAUCUUGAUAUUUAUUGGUAUCUUUCCAUAUCAGUGCUCAUCACUACUAAUAAUCCAAUUAUGAAAUGUAUCCUUUAUCGUAAAGUUAAGACAGCAUUGUUAGGUCUGUACUGAUAUGGUAUUGGCUGUCUCUAAGCCAACCCUCCUCUUGGAGUGCUCCAGGCUGCUGCUCCAGCUCACACCUUUUUGUUGGGGGUAUGUUUUGAAGCUGUGCUUGAGAGUGGGAAAGUUCAUAUAGAAAAGGGCACUGUACAUUCUUUAUCACACUGUGUUUGCUAGUACACACUUCUCUUGUGACACACACACACACACACACACACAUGCUUGUUUAAAACAGAAUGUCUCUCUCUCUCUGCUGAAUACAUUGGUUAUAUUAAACAAGGUGCUUAGAGAAUGCUUCUGUUGCUUUCCCCAUGACACAAAACAUUAAAAGUGGGAACUGGUGACCGCAUAUUUUGUUGUUGGGUAAAACUAGAAAGGAGGUUUUUUUCAACUAUUGUUACACAUGCAUUAUGUUUGGGAGCAAUAGGAAAUAAAAGCAAAAAGUUGUUUGCACACAAAACAAAUACAUAGCAAGAUUCAUUCACCUCUUUCAGCUAAGCAAGGUCUCUCUCUGUAGCUCUCCUGCGGGCGUGUGCAGAUGGUGCAGCCAACCACCUGUAUGACAUCACCGCUGGACAACGAGACAGGUACAAGUAGCCACUGUGUGUGUGUGUGUUUGAAUAAUUGUGUCCUUCCUAAAGGACAGAUACAUUAACUCAGGGGUUCUCAAACUUUUUGGGUCUGGGGACCCCUUUUGUGAUAGCAAAUGCAUCAGGGACCCCAUCAUAAUCAGAACGCAACUCGAGGGAUAUAAAAAUAGCAUACAAGGAUUACUUUGACAGUGCAUGACCGGACAAACCAAGUCUCGGGCCCUGGGAAGGAAUAUUUUAAAGGGCACCAGAGAGAACAUUUUGCAGUUUUCAAGCUAAAUUCCUGCAAUUCUACACAUUUUGUCAUGAAGCAGAGAGUUUUUUUGUUCUUGCAACUUUAAAGCUCAUAUCUUGCAAUUCUACACAGUGUUCCAUUAGCCAGAGAGAAAAUGUUGCAGUUUUAAAGCUUAAACAGUGCAUUUAUGUAAAAAACAAACAAAAAAACAUUUUGAGUAGAAAAAUGUAUAAUUGAAAUGGAUACCAAAAUCCCUGUGAGCCUCCCAGGCCCAUGCUGCCCAGGGUUAAGAACAUACAGUGCAUUCGGAAAGUAUUCAGACCCCUUGACCUUUUCCACAUUUUGUUACGUUACAGCCUUAUUCUAAAAUUGAUUAAAUUGCUUUUUUCCCCUCAUCAAUCUACACACAAUACCCCUCAAUGACAAAGAAAAAACUGGUUUUUAGAAAUGUUUGCAAAUUUAUAAAAAAUAAAAAACAUAUAAAUAAAAAAAGUAUACAAUAGCAUUCAUCAAGGAUCUCUCUGUCCUUUGCUCCGUUCAUCUUUCCCUCGAUCCUGACUAGUCUCCCAGUCCCUGCCGCUGAAAAACAUGAUGCUGCCACCACCAUGCUUCACCGUAGGAAUGGUGCCAGGUUUCCAAAUCAUGUCCAAUCAAUUUAAUUUACCACAGGUGGACUCCAAUCAAGUUGUAGAAACAUCUCAAGGAUGAUCAAUGGAAACAAGAUUCACCUGAGCUCAAUUUCGAGUCUCAUAGCAAAGGGUCUGAAUACUUAUGUAAAUAUGGUAUUUCCAGGGUUUUUUUGUGUAUACAUUUGCCAAAAUUUCAUAAAACCUGUUUUCACUUUGUCAUUAUGGGGUAUUGUGUGUAUAUUGAUGAGGGGGAAAAAUAAUUUCAUAAAUUUUAGAAUAAGGCUGUAACUUAACAAAAUGUGUAAAAAGUCAAGGGGUCUGAAUACUUUCCAAAUGCACUGUAUAAAUAGUGUAUUUUGAGGUCUGGCCCCCUGCAGUACUUCCGCGGCCACCCAAUUUUCCCAAACGGACACUUUCCCAAUUCCUCUUUCUCUCUUUCUUUUUCUUGUUCUCUCAUCUAGUUUUCUUCCAGACUACAUCAGUGGGGACUUUGAUUCUGUUACUGCAGAGGUCAAAGCUUUCUACACAGAGAAGGUGACAAACACACACACACACAGUGUACGAUUGUGUUCAGAGCCCAGGGUACAUAAGUGUUUACUGUUUGAAAUGGAGAUGACACUCUGAGUGGUUGAGAGAAGAGGAGUAGGUACCCAGCCAUGAUGACUCGGCCAUGAUGAGUCAUGUAAAUAGCAACGUUCUCUGUCCUCUAGGAGAAUGAGCUAGUUUAACACUGAUAAGCCAUUAUUCCCUGUAUGCAUUACAUUAUGGUAAUGAUAUUAGAGGUACAUCGCUCUGGUCCUUUAGACCCACAGUACUCUGCUCCUUCUAAUCAGAGACUGACUUAGACCUGGACAACUGGCCAAUCACGAUGUAGAGAAAAGAAAACCAACAAAAACACAUCUACCUGCAUUGUGUUAUGGUAAUGUUAGAGAGAAUAGGGUUGGAUUUAUUCCAAUAUUACUCAGAGAAUCAAAAGCUAUGGUAAUGUUGGAGAGAAUAGGGUUGGAUUUAUUCCAAUAUUACUCAGAGAAUCAAAAGCUAUGGUAAUGUUAGAGAGAAUAGGGUUGGAUUUAUUAUAAUAUUACUCAGAGAGAAUCACAAGCUAUGGUAAUGUUAGAGAGAAUAGAGUUGGAUUUAUUCCAAUAUUACUCAGGGAGAAUCACAAGCUAUGGUAAUGUUAGAGAGAAUAUGGUUGGAUUUAUUCUAAUAUUACUCAGAGAGAAUCUCAAGCUAUGGUAAUGUUAGAGAGAAUAUGGUUGGAUUUAUUCUAAUAUUACUCAGAGAGAAUCUCAAGCUAUGGUAAUGUUAGAGAGAAUAUGGUUGGAUUUAUUAUAAUAUUACUCAGAGAGAAUCUGAAGCUAUGGUAAUGUUAGAGAGAAUAGUGCAAGACAUCUAGGGACUUCAAGGUGUUUCAAGAGAUGUGCAUAACUCUACAUAAAUGAAAGAGAGAGCAGGGAGAGACAGGAGGGAAGGAGGGAGAGAGGGAUAAAAAUAUUCUUCAGGGGAUGGAGGGUGCAUAAGACGGAGCGGGGUGGUGAAAGAGUGUGUGAGCUGACAUGAAUAGAACAAAGGCUGUGUGAUUCCUGCUGCGAGCAGGAACUCACCUGGAACUAACUAUCGUUUAGGGGCAUUCACUGGAACGUUGUGUGUGUGUGGGGGUACGCUGAGUUUGAGAGAGCUCAGAGACUUUCUGCUCUUUUGCCUGCCUCUCUCUGUAUAUCUGUCUGUGUCACCUCCCCCGCCCCCCUCCUCUCUCUUUCUCUCUAGAAGUGUCAGUUGAUAGAAACCGCUGAUCAGGAGCUGACUGACUUCACUAAAUGUCUGGCCAUCAUGGUGGAAGAGAUCAAGAGACAACAGCUUCAGGUAAUCCUCCAUGUCCUCCUCUUCUGUCCUCCCCCUCUGUCCUCCUUUCUUUCCUCCCCCUCUGUCCUCCCCCUCUUCCUCCUCUCUGUCCCCCCCCCUGUCCUCCUCUCUUUCCUCCCCCUCUGUCCUCCUCUCUUUCCUCCCCCUCUGUCCUCCUCUCUUUCCUCCCCCUCUGUCCUCCCCCUCUGUCCUCCUCUCUUUCCUCCCCCUCUGUCCUCCUCUCUUUCCGCCCCCUCUGUCCUCUUCCUCUGUCCUCCUCUCUUCCCCCCCCUCUGUCCUCCUCUCUUUCCUCCCCCUCUGUCCUCCUCUCUUUCCGCCCCCUCUGUCCUCCCCUCUGUCCUCCUCUCUUCCCCCACCCCCUCUGUCCUCCUCUCUUUCCUCCCCUCUGUCCUCCCCUCUCUCCUCCUCUUCUUCCUCCCCCUCUCUCCUCCUCUCUUUCCUCCCCCUCUGUCCUCCUCUCUUUCCUCCACCUCUGUCCUCCUCUCUUGCCUCCCCCUCUGUCCUCCUCUCUUUCCUCCCCCUCUGUCUCCUCUCUUUCCCUCCCCUUGUCCUCCUCUCUUCCUCCCCCUCUGUCCUCCUCUCUUUCCUCCCCUCUGUCCUCCUCUCUUUCCUCCCCCUCUGUCCUCCCCCCUCUUCCUCCUCUCUGUCCUCCCCGCUGUCAGGUUAUUUACAACUUUCUGUUGCUCACCACACAUCUCACCUGUCAGAGAGGGUGUGUGUGUGUGUGUGUGUGUGUGUUUGUGUUUGUCUCUCAACUGUCAGAGAGGAUGUGUGUUUGCCUGGGUGUUAUUCACCCCAAGUCCCUCACUGCACACAUGGACCCUUCACUCUUAUUGCACAUGUAUAUAUAUACACACACACACACACACACACACACACACACACACACACACACACACACACACACAUCUCUGAUUAACUGUCACUCAGUCAGUUAACCAGUGUCCUCAAACAGUCUGUCUAGACAAUCUCUCCCUCCCAUCCCGGAGGACCUGAGUCCUAGGACCAUGCCUCAAGACUACAUGCCCUGAUGACUCCUUGCUGUCCCCAGUCCACCUGGUCGUGCUGCUGCUCCAGUUUCCACUUCUGCCAGCGGCUAUGGAACCCUGCCCUGUUCACCGGACUUGCUACCUUGUCCCAGACCUGCUGUUUUCAACUCUCUCUCUACCGCACCUGCUAUUUCAACCUCUAAAUGCCCUGCUAUGAAAAGCCAAGUGACAUUUACUCCUGAUGUACUGACCUGUUGCAACCUCUACAACCACUGUGAUUAUUAUUUGACCCUGCAGGUCAUCUAUGAACGUUUGAACAUCUUGGAGAAAAAUCAGGCCUUAAUGGCCAUGUACUGUUAUAAUCUCCACCCAGCACAGCCAGAAGGGGACUGGCCACCCCUCAGGGAGUUUUUCCUAGCCACCGUGCUUCUACAUCUGCAUUGCUUGCUGUUUGGGGUUUUAGGCUGGGUUUCUGUAUAGCACUUUGUGACAUCUGUUGAUGUAAAAAGGGCUUUAUAAAAAACAUUUGAUUGAUUGAUGACAGAAUCAGACCAUCUAUCCUCUAACUCUGAGCUGUGUGCUAAAACAACCAUUUUAACCUUCUGUUUGUUCUUCUCUUGAGUAAUAUCUAACCUCCAUAUCCCUAAGGUAUACAAAUAACCUGUAGCAGUGUUGAAAGUCUAUGAGUAUGAAAAAGACAGACAGUAUAGUGAGUAACUACGAUGUACUGUAACAGUCCACGUCUGGCGUGUUUCCAGCCAGCCAGAUUUAUGGGAAUUGACUAAUUGAUGGAUCCUCUUUAGAUUUAUUGACAGUCAUCAUCAAAUUAUCACAUAACAUUUUCAAUACCGGAAUAUCAUCAGCAACAUAAUUAUUAUUUUGAUUAUGUUGUCUCUCAAUAAUAAGAGAACAGGGGCUGUCUGCAGAUUUGUGGGUGCUAAAGUAGAAAGUGCUGCGUAACGGUAUUUCAGUAGCCUGUUCCCAGAUCUGUACUUCAAUCACAGGAGGUUGGUGACACCUUAAUUGGGGAGGAUGUGCUUGUGGUAAUGGCUGGAGCAGCAUAGGUGAAAUGGUAUCAACACAUCAAUCACAUGGUUUCUAUGUGUUUGAUGCCAUUCCACCUACUCCGUUCCAGCCAUUAUUAUGAGCUGUCCUCCCCUCAGCAGCCUCCACUAACUUCAACCAUGACAACAAUUAGGGCCGGGACGAUACCAGUAUCGCGAUACUCAUUAGUAUCGUGGCAAGGAAACAAAACACGAAGCAGAUUUAACUUCUGUAGGAAAACAGCCCUCAUGUUGGAAACAAACAUCACAUAACCAGGGUCACAUUUAUUUAUUUUCAACGACACAAUAUUUUACAUACAGCAGGUUUUUAAAGGACCAAUGGGUUUGGUCUGCUUUGUGCUUUAAUUUUUGCCAUGGAACAAAUAUUGCGAUACUGGUAUCGUCACAGCCCUAACAACAACAGUCAGAUGCUGGUAUUAUCACAAUUCUAACAACAACAGUCAGAUGCUGGUAUUGUCACAGUCCUAACAACAACAGUCAGAUACUGGUAUCGUCACAGCCUUAACAACAACAGUCAGAUACUGGUAUUGUCACAGUCCUAACAACAACAGUCAGAUACUGGUAUUGUCACAGCCCUACCAGCAACAGUCAGAUACUGGUAUCGUCACAGCCCUAACAACAACAGUCAGAUACUGGUAGAUACUGGUAUCGUCACAGCCCUAACAACAACAGUCAGAUACUGGUAUUGUCACAGUCCUAACAACAACAGUCAGAUACUGGUGUUGUCACAGCGCUACCAGCAACAGUCAGAUACUGGUAUCGCCACAGCCCUAACGACAACAGUCAGAUACUGGUAUCGUCACAGCCCUAAUGACAACAGUCAGAUACUGGUAUUGUCACAGCCCUACCAGCAACAGUCAGAUACUGGUAUCGUCACAGCCCUAAUGACAACAGUCAGAUACUGGUAGAUACUUGUAUCAUCACAGCCCUAACAACAACAUUCAGAUACUGGUAUCAUCACAGCCCUAACAACAACAGUCAGGUACUGGUAUCAUCACAGCCCUAACGACAACAGUCAGAUACUGGUAGAUACUGGUAUCGUCACAGCCCUAACAACAACAGUCAGAUACUGGUAUUGUCACUGUCCUACCAGCAACAGUCAGAUACUGGUAUCGCCACAGCCCUAACGACAACAGUCAGAUACUGGUAUCGUCACAGCCCUACCAGCAACAGUCAGAUACUGGUAUCGUCACAGCCCUAACAACAACAGUCAGAUACUGGUAUCGCCACAGCCCUAAUGACAACAGUCAGAUACUGGUAUCGUCACAGCCCUAACGACAACAGUCAGAUACUGGUAUCGUCACAGCCCUAAUGACAACAGUCAGAUUCCGGUAUCGUCACAGCCCUAACAACAACAGUCAGAUACUUGUAUCAUCACAGCCCUAAAAACAACAGUCAGAUACUGGUAUCGCCACAGCCCUAACGACAACAGUCAGUCGUGGUCCUCUGUAGCUCAGCUGGUAGAGCACGGCGCUUGUAACGCCAAGGUAGUGGGUUCGAUCCCCGGGACCACCCAUACACAAAAAUGUAUGCACGCACGACUGUAAGUCGCUUUGAAUAAAAGCGUCUGCUAAAUGGCAUAUUAUUAUAUUAUUAUAUUAGAUACUGGUAUCGUCACAGCCCUAAUGACAACAGUCAGAUACUGGUAUCGUCACAGCCCUAACGACAACAGUCAGAUAGUGGUAUCGUCACAGCCCUAAUGACAACAGUCAGAUACUGGUAUCGUCACAGCCCUAAUGACAACAGUCAGAUACUGGUAUCGUCACAGCCCUAACGACAACAGUCAGAUACUGGUAUUGUCACAGCCCUAAUGACAACAGUCAGAUACUGGUAUCGUCACAGCCCUAAUGACAACAGUCAGAUACUGGUAUCGUCACAGCCCUAAUGACAACAGUCAGAUGCUGGUAUUGUCACAGCCCUAAUGACAACAGUCAGAUACUGGUAUCGUCACAGCCUUAACGACAACAGUCAGAUACUGGUAUUGUCACAGCCCUAAUGACAACAGUCAUACUGGUAUCGUCACAGCACUAAUGACAACAGUCAGAAACUGGUAUCGUCACAGCCCUAACGACAACAGUCAUAUACUGGUAGAUACUUGUAUCAUCACAGCCCUAACAACAACAUUCAGAUACUGGUAUCAUCACAGCCCUAACAACAACAGUCAGGUACUGGUAUCAUCACAGCCCUAACGACAACAGUCAGAUACUGGUAGAUACUGGUAUCAACACAGCCCUAACAACAACAGUCAGAUACUGGUAUUGUGACAGACCUAACAACAACAGUCAGAUACUGGUAUCAUCACAGCCCUAAUGACAACAGUCAGAUACUGGUAUCGUCACAGCCCUAACAACAACAGUCAGAUGCUGGUAUUGUCACAGUCCUAACAACAACAGUCAGAUACUUGUAUCAUCACAGCCCUUAAAACAACAGUCAGAUACUGGUAUCGCCACAGCCCUAACGACAACAGUCAGAUACUGGCAUCGUCACAGCCCUAAUGACAACAGUCAGAUACUGGUAUCGUCACAGCCCUAACGACAACAGUCAGAUGCUGGUAUUGUCACAGCCCUAAUGACAACAGUCAGAUACUGGUAUCGUCACAGCCCUAACGACAACAGUCAGAUACUGGUAUCGUCACAGCCCUAACAACAACAGUCAGAUGCUGGUAUUGUCACAGUCCUAACAACAACAGUCAGAUACUUGUAUCUUCACAGCCCUAAAAACAACAGUCAGAUACUGGUAUCGCCACAGCCCUAACGACAACAGUCAGAUACUGGUAUCAUCACAGCCCUAACGACAACAGUCAGAUACUGGUAUCUUCACAGCCCUAAUGACAACAGUCAGAUACUGGUAUUGUCACAGCCCUAAUGACAACAGUCAGAUACUGGCAUCGUCACAGCCCUAAUGACAACAGUCAGAUACUGGUAUCGUCACAGCCCUAACGACAACAGUCAGAUACUGGUAUCGUCACAGCCCUAACGACAAUAGUCAUACUGGUAUCCUCACAGCACUAACGACAACAGUCAGAAACUGGUAUCGUCACAGCCCUAACGACAACAGUCAGAUACUGGUAGAUACUUGUAUCAUCACAGCCCUAACAACAACAGUCAGAUACUUGUAUCUUCACAGCCCUAAAAACAACAGUCAGAUACUGGUAUCGCCACAGCCCUAACGACAACAGUCAGAUACUGGUAUCAUCACAGCCCUAACGACAACAGUCAGAUACUGGUAUCGUCACAGCCCUAAUGACAACAGUCAGAUACUGGUAUUGUCACAGCCCUAAUGACAACAGUCAGAUACUGGCAUCGUCACAGCCCUAAUGACAACAGUCAGAUACUGGUAUCGUCACAGCCCUAACGACAACAGUCAGAUACUGGUAUCGUCACAGCCCUAACGACAAUAGUCAUACUGGUAUCCUCACAGCACUAACGACAACAGUCAGAAACUGGUAUCGUCACAGCCCUAACGACAACAUUCAGAUACUGGUAGAUACUUGUAUCAUCACAGCCCUAACAACAACAUUCAGAUACUGGUAUCAUCACAGCCCUAACGACAACAGUCAGAUGCUGGUAUCGUCACAGCCAUAACAACAACAGUCUAAUACUGGUAUCGUCACAGCCCUAACGACAGCAGUCAGAUGGGUUAGCUAAAGCACAUACAGAUCUGGGACCAGGCUUCUUAGGUAGUUACAUAAGUUGAAGUCGGAAGUUUACAUACACUUAGGUUGGAGUCAUUAAAACUCGUUUUUCAACCACUCCACAAAUUUCUUGUUAACAAACUAUAGUUUUGGCAGGUCGGUUAGGACAUCUACUUUGUGCAUGACACAAGUAAUUCUUCCAACAAUUGUUUACAGACAGAUUAUUUCACUUAUAAUUCACUGUAUCACAAUUCCAGUAGGUCAGAAGUUUACAUACACUAAGUUGACUGUGCCUUUAAACAGCUUGGAAAAUUCCAGAAAAUGAUGUCAUGGCUUUAGAAGCUUCUGAUAGGCUAAUUGACAUCAUUUGAGUCAAUUGGAGGUGUAUCUGUGGAUGUAUUUCAAGGCCUACCUUGAACCUCAGUGCCUCUUUGCUUGACAUCAUGGGAAAAUCAAAAGACAUCAGCCAAGACCUCAGAAAAAAGAUUGUAGACCUCCACAAGUCUGGUUCAUCCUUGGGAGCAAUUUCCAAAUGCCUGAAGGUACCACGUUCAUCUGUACAAACAAUAGUAUGCAAGUAUAAACGCCAUGGGACCACGCAGCCGUAAUACCACUCAGGAAGGAGACGCGUUCUGUCUCCUAGAGAUGAACGUACUUUGGUGCGAAAAGUGCAAAUCAAUCCCAGAACAACAGCAAAGGACCUUGUGAAGAUGCUGGAGGAAACAGGUACAAAAGUAUCUAUAGCCACAGUAAAACGAGUACUAUAUCGACAUAAACUGAAAGGACGCUCAGCAAGGAAGAAGCCUCUGCUCCAAAACCACCAUAAAAAAGGCAGACUACGGUUUGCAACUGCACAUGGGGACAAAGAUCAUACUUUUUGGAGAAAUGUCCUCUGGUCUGAUGAAACAAAAAUAGAACUGUUUGGCCAUAAUGACCAUCGUUAUGUUUGGAGGAAAAAGGGGGUUGCUUGCAAGCCGAAGAACACCACCCCAACCGUGAAGCACGGGGGUGGCAGCAUCAUGCUGUGGGGGUGCUUUGCUGCAGGAGGGACUGGUGCACUUCACAAAAUAGAUGGCAUCAUGAGGAAGGAAAAUUAUGUGGAUAUAUUGAAGCAACAUUUCAAGACAUCAGUCAGGAAGUUAAAGCUUGGUCGCAAAUGGGUCUUCCAAAUGGACAAUGACCCCAAGCAUACUUCCAAAGUUGUGGCAAAAUGGCUUAAGGACAACAAAGUCAAGGUAUUGGAGUGGCCAUCACAAAGCCCUGACCUCAAACCUAUAAAAAAUGUGUGAAAAAGCGUGUGCGAGCAAGGAGGUCUACAAACCUGACUCAGUUAUAUCAGCUCUGUCAGGAGGAAUGGGCCAAAAUUCACCCAACUUAUUGUGGGAAGAUUGUGUAAGGUUACCUGAAACGUUUGACCCAAGUUAAACAAUUUAAAGGCAAUGCUACCAAAUACUAAUUGAGUGUAUGUAAACUUCUGACCCACUGAGAAUGUGAUGAAAUAAAUAAAAGCUUAAAUAAAUCAUUCUCUACUAUUAUUCUGACAUUUCACGUUCUUAAAAUAAAGUGGUGAUCCUAACUGACCUAAAACAGGGAAUUUUUACUAGGAUUAAAUGUCAGGAAUUGUGAAAAACUGAGUUUAAAUGUAUUUGGCUAAGGUGUAUGUAAACUUCCGACUUCAACUGUGUGUUGCAUAAUAUAGGCUAUUCCAUUGGUUUGUCCUGUUUCCCUUUAUGUUGUCUGUCUUGUUCUAGGCUGUGGUUAAAGAUGCUGAAGUUGCAAAGUAAAGAUUUAACAUAAUACUUUCUUUCUGUUUUAUAAUCUCUCUCUGUCUCCAAGGACCGUAGCUCGGCAACGCUUGUUUACAGAACACUGUCAUUCAGAUGAUAAGACAAAUUAUUUUCGAAAGCAGUUCGGUGUUUAUUCAUGCGUGGGUGUGUGUGUGCAGUCUAAUAAGAGAAAAGUGUUUUUCUAAAGAUGUUCUCUGUUGUGUGUGGGUCUUUGACAGAUGUGGAUUUAACCUCAAUAAACACAUUUCUAAAUCAGUUUAUUUGUGGCCAAAGGCAUAGAAAGAAGAUGUAAAUAAAGACUAUCACUGUCUCCAAGUCAUUAUCAUAUCUUAACUAGGGUCCAAGUGCCGUGGCGUCAGACAGUAUGGAAGUGUCUGUGCUUAUGGACUGCUAUACGGAGUGCAAUUCCACUGAGAGCAAAUUAACUAGGACACUAUGUUUAUUUCCUCAAUGUAAAAUGGUUGCACACCAUGAAUUCUCCAAACUCUCUGCGACAUUGUGUCCUUAGAACACUCUUGGGGAGAAGAAAGAGUGAAAGAUAGGGCAGGCGAGACACAGAGGGGGAGAGCUAAACUGAAGAGAGAGACUGGGAAAAUAGAGAGAGGAGGAGGGAGUAAAGGAGAGUGUGGGUACAGGGGGAGAGAUGGGUAUGAGGUCAGAAGAAAAGAGGGAAAGAGAGGGAGAGAGAGAAGUUUGGGUAAAUUAUAGUUAUUACGAUGGCUCUCCGGAUGUUUGAAGUGAAGAAAAGAACUCAACCUUUCUGUCUGAAGGCUACAUGUUUCUCCUUCCUGACUUAAAUGGCACACUCACAGUUUGUAAGAUGUUCUUAAGUGGUCUGAAGUUGUACCACCUGGUGGAGAUGAUGACAAUUAAUCUCUCUCUCCCCCCCCCCCUCCCCAGGUGGAUACUAUAGUGACUCUGGGGGGUCUGGCAGGAAGGUUUGACCAGACCAUGGCUUCAGUAGAGACAUUGUACCACGCCCUCAAUAUGACAGAACUACCUCUGGUGGUUCUACAGGGAUGCAGUCUUGCCUACCUGCUUCGACCGGUAACUAUACGCACACACGUUUGUUUUCAGUGGAGGAAAAAGUACUUGAAUAAAAGUAAAGAUACAGUGAGGGAAAAAAGUAUUUGAUCGCCUGCUGAUUUUGUACGUUUGCCCACUGACAAAGAAAUGAUCAGUCCAUAAUUUUAAUGGUAGGUUUAUUUGAACAGUGAGAGACAGAAUAACAAGAAAGAAAUCCAGAAAAACACGUCAAAAAUGAAAUAAAUUGAUUUGCAUUUUAAUUAGGGAAAUAAGUAUUUGACCCCCUCUCAAUCAGAAAGAUUUCUGGCUCCCAGGUGUCUUUUAUACAGGUAACGAGCUGAGAUUAGGAGCACACUCUUAAAGGGAGUGCUCCUAAUCUCAGUUUGUUACCUGUAUAAAAGACACCUGUCCACAGAAGCAAUCAAUCAAUCAGAUUCCAAACUCUCCACCAUGGCCAAGACCAAAGAGCUCUCCAAGGAUGUCAGGGACAAGAUUGUAGACCUACACAAGGCUGGAAUGGGCUACAAGACCAUCGCCAAGCAGCUUGGUGAGAAGGUGACAACAGUUGAUGAGAUUAUUCGCAAAUGGAAGAAACACAAAAUAACUGUCAAUCUCCCUCGGCCUGGGGCUCCAUGCAAGGUCUCACCUCGUGGAGUUGCAAUGAUCAUGAGAACGGUGAGGAAUCAGCCCAGAACUACACAGGAGGAUCGUGUCAAUGAUCUCAAGGCAGCUGGGACCAUAAUCACCAAGAAAACAAUUGGUAACACACUAUGCCGUGAAGGACUGAAAUCCUGCAGCACCCGCAAGGUCCCCCUGCUCAAGAAAGCACAUAUACAGGGCCGUCUGAAGUUUGCCAAUUAACAUCUGAAUGAUUCAGAGGAGAACUGGGUGAAAGUGGUGUGGUCAGAUGAGACCAAAAUCGAGCUCUUUGGCAUUAACUCAACUCGCCGUGUUUGGAGGAGGAGGAAUGCUGCCUAUGACCCCAAGAACACCAUCCCCACCGUCAAACAUGGAGGUGGAAACAUUAUGCUUUGGGGGUGUUUUUCUGCUAUGGGGACAGGACAACUUCACCGCAUCAAAGGGACGAUGGACGGGGCCAUGUACCGUCAAAUCUUGGGUGAGAACCUCCUUCCCUCAGCCAGGGCAUUGAAAAUGGGUCGUGGAUGGGUAUUCCAGCAUGACAAUGACCCAAAACACACGGCCAAGGCAACAAAGGAGUGGCUCAAGAAGAAGCACAUUAAGGUCCUGGAGUGGCCUAGCUAGUGUCAUUUACAUUUACAUUUACGUCAUUUAGCAGACGCUCUUAUCCAGAGCGACUUACAAAUUGGUGCAUUCACCUUAUAGCCAGUGGGAUAACCACUUUACAAGAUUUUUUUUUUUUGGGGGUGGGGUAAGGGGGGGGGGGGGGGGGGGGGGUAGAAGGAUUACUUUAUUCUAUCCCAGGUAUUCCUUAAAGAGGUGGGGUUUCAAGUGUCUCCGGAAGGUGGUGAGUGACUCCGCUGUCCUGGCAUCGUGAGGGAGCUUGUUCCACCAUUAGGGUGCCAGAGCAGCGAAUUGUUUUGACUGGGCUGAGCGGGAACUGUGCUUCCGCAGAGGUAGGGGGGCCAGCAGGCCAGAGGUGGAUGAACGCAAUGCCCUCGUUUGGGUGUAGGGACUGAUCAGAGCCUGAAGGUAUGGAGGUGCCGUUCCCCUCACAGCUCCGUAGGCAAGCACCAUGGUCUUGUAGCAGAUGCGAGCUUCAACUGGAAGCCAGUGGAGUGUGCGGAGGAGCGGGGUGACAUGAGAGAACUUGGUUGAACACCAGACGGGCUGCGGCAUUCUGGAUGAGUUGUAGGGGUUUAAUGGCACAGGCAGGGAGCCCAGCCAACAGCGAGUUGCAGUAAUCCAGACGGGAGAUGACAAGUGCCUGGAUUAGGACCUGUGCCGCUUCCUGUGUAAGGCAGGGUCGUACUCUCCGAAUGUUGUAGAGCAUGAACCUACAGGAUCGGGUCACCGCCUUGAUGUUAGCGGAGAACGACAGGGUGUUGUCCAGGGUCACGCCAAGGCUCUUUGCACUCUGGGAGGAGGACACAACGGAGUUGUCAACCGUGAUGGCGAGAUCAUGGAACGGGCAGUCCUUCCCCGGGAGGAAGAGCAGCUCUGUCUUGCUGAGGUUCAGCUUGAGGUGGUGAUCCGUCAUCCACACUGAUAUGUCUGCCAGACAUGCAGAGAUGCGAUUCGCCACCUGGUUAUCAGAAGGGGGAAAGGAGAAGAUUAGUUGUGUGUCGUCUGCGUAGCAAUGAUAGGAGAGGCCAUGUGAGGAUAUGACAGAGCCAAUUGACUUGGUGUAUAGCGAGAAUAGGAGAGGGCCUAGAACUGAGCCCUGGGGGACACCAGUGGUGAGAGCACGUGGUGCGGAGACAGAUUCUCGCCACGCCACUUAGUAGGAGUGACCUGUCAGGUAGGACGCAAUCCAAGAGUGAGCCGCGCCGGAGAUGCCCAACUUGGAGAGGGUGGAGAGGAGGAUCUGAUGGUUCACAGUAUCAAAGGCAGCAGACAGGUCUAGAAGGACAAGAGCAGAGGAGAGAGAGUUAGCUUUAGCAGUGCGGAGAGCCUCCGUGACACAGAGAAGAGCAGUCUCAGUUGAAUGACCAGUCUUGAAACCUGACUGGUUUGGAUCAAGAAGGUCAUUCUGAGAGAGAUAGCAAGAGAGUUGGCUAAAGACGGCGCGCUCAAGAGUUUUGGAGAGAAAAGAAAGAAGGGAUACUGGUCUGUAGCUGUUGACAUCGGAGGGAUCGAGUGUAGGUUUUUUGAGAAGGGGUGCAACUCUCGCUCUCUUGAAGACGGAAGGGACAUAGCCAGCGGUCAUGGAUGAGUUGAUGAGCGAGGUGAGGUAAGGGAGAAGGUCUCCGGAAAUGGUCUGGAGAAGAGAGGAGGGGAUAGUGUCAAGCGGGCAGGUUGUUGGGCGGCCGGCCGUCACAAGUCGCAAGAUUUCAUCUGGAGAGAGAGGGGAGAAAGAAGUCAAAGCAUAGGGUAGGGCAGUGUGAGCAGGACCAGCGGUGUCAUUUGACUUAACAAACGAGGAUCAGAUGUCGUCAACAUUCUUUUCAAAAUUGUUGACGAAGUCAUCCACAGAGAGGGAGGAGGGGGGGAGGGGGAGGAGGAUUCAGCAGGGAGGAGAAGGUGGCAAAGAGCUUCCAAUGGUUAGAGGCAGAUGCUUGGAAUUUAGAGUGGUAGAAAGUGGCUUUAGCAGCAGAAACAGAGGAAGAAAAUGUAGAGAGGAGGGAGUGAAAAGAUGCCGGGUCCGCAGGGAGUCUAGUUUUCCUCCAUUUCCGCUCGGCUGCCCGGAGCCCUGUUCUGUGAGCUCGCAAUGAGUCGUCAAGCCACGGAGCAGGAGGGGAGGACCGAGCCGGCCGGGAGGAUAGGGGACAUAGAGAGUCAAAGGAUGGAGAAAGGGAGGAGAGGAAGGUUGAGGAGGCAGAAUCAGGAGAUUGGAGGGAGAAGGAUUGAGCAGAGGGAAGAUAUGAUAGGAUGGAAGAGGAGAGAGUAGCGGGAGAGAGAGAGAGCGAAGGUUGCGACGGCGCAUUACCAUCUGAGUAGAGGCAGAGUGAGUAGUGUUGGAGGAGAGCGAGAGAGAAAAGGAUACAAAGUAGUGGUCGGAGACAUGGAGGGGAGUUGCAGUGAGAUUAGUAGAAGAACAGCAUCUAGUAAAGAUGAGGUCAAGCGUAUUGCCUGCCUUGUGAGUAGGGGGGGGGGGGUGAGGUCAAAAGAGGAGAGGAGUGGAAAGAAGGAGUCAGAGAGAAAUGAGUCAAAGGCAGACGUAGGGAGGUUAAAGUCACCCAGAACUGUGAGGGGUGAGCCAUCCUCAGGAAAGGAACUUAUCAAGGCGUCAAGCUCAUUGAUGAACUCUCCAAGGGAACCUGGAGGGCGAUAAAUGAUAAGGAUGUUAAGCUUGAAUGGGCUAGUGACUGUGACAGCAUGGAAUUCAAAUGAGGAGAUAGACAGAUGGGUCAGGGGAAAAAGAGAGAAUGUCAACUUGGGAGAGAGGAUUCCUGUGCCACCACCCCGCUGACCAGAUGCUCUCGGGGUAUUGGAGAACACAUGGUCAGACGAGGAGAGAGCAGUAGGAGUAGCAGUGUUUUUAGUGUAAUCCAUGUUUCCUUCAGCGCCAAGAAGUUGAGGGACUGGAGGGUAGCAUAGGCUGAGAUGAACUCUGCCUUGUUGGCCGCAGAACGGCAGAUCCAGAGGCUGCCAGAGACCUGGAACUCCACGUGGGUCGUGCGUGCAGGGACCACCAGGUUAGAGAGGCAGCAGCCACGCGGUGUGAGGCGUUUGUAUAGCCUGUGCGGAGAGGAGAGAACAAGGAUAGACAGACGCAUAGUUGACAGGCUACAGAAAAUGGCUACAAUAAUGCAAAGGAGAUCGGAAUGAAAUGAACUAAACAUCUGGGAAAGCAAGAGAGCGGGGCCUCCCUCACUUACGUUUCACUGAAACACCCAAAUAUAACUCUCCCAACUUCCACCUCAGAAACUAUAAUUGUUGUAAACUACAGCGGUUCAAUGUUUUCUAGGAAUAGACUAACUUAGUUUAUUCAGCUAGCUAACUUGGUACAGUAUUCUUCCGUGAAAACCGUCCAGGGCACCUAGUCCUAUGACACCAUAGCCAACUAGCAUGCCAGCCUCCAACAACACGGUUUAGCACCAAUACUCGGCCACAACAAACCACCAGUGUGUCAACACGCCAAGCAGAUCAUUCGUGUCCGUGUCUAACAUUGUGGGUUAGUCCCAACAGCUUGAGAGAGUCCGUCGUCAACUUAUUCAGCCAGUUAGUUAGCUAGAAUAGUUAGCAUACUAGCUAGCCAUUGCUUUCUGCCAACGAAAAAAACCCUCCUCCCAUGGCACGAACACACAGAGAGAGCCAAGCUAACGUUAACUAGUCACCCAUGUCCCGAAUUCCCUUGAACGACUCUGGUUACCAGUAUGUAAAAACAAAACACAAAUGUAGGUUAUAACUUACCCCUAGCAGCUACUGUUAGCUAGCCAAGUGCAAAGCUAGCCACUGAAUCGACUCAGCCAGUUCGCGUCUGUUCGCUAGGUCGUUCCAACUAUUGUUUAGUAGCUAUCCAGGUAGCAACAAGCUAGCUACAUUUCGAGCACAGUAGCUACUAACUACCUAACGUUAACGCUUCAGACAAUGAGGUUAGAAAAACAGCUGAAUGGUAGGCAGCUAGCUGGCGUAAUUACAGGUACUCUUAAGCGUGAAACAACUAUCCCACAGUUGCUAAUAGUUACCAGUAGCUACCCGCUAGCUAGUCCAGGUAGUGGGUUAGCUAGCCUCGUGCUUCACCGGGCUCAGCCGAAUACAAUACUUACCUACAAUGAUUACAUACAAUAACCUACGAUAAAUACAAUAACCUACGAUAACUACCUACAAUACCUAACUACAAUCUAAAUACAUAGUUUAAGCUUUACUCAACACCAUAUAAGCCAUAUAAGCCAAGCUUACCUCCCGCCAGAGAGAGACACAACCUUACCUGACGACUUAACAUAUAUCCAUUCUAUCCAUAUUUGGAUAGAACUCAACUGACCCCUGUGGCUAAGGUCUCCAGACCUUAAUCCCAUAGAAAAUCUGUGGAGGGAGCUGAAGGUUCGAGUUGCCAAACGUCAGCCUCAAAACCUUAAUGACUUGGAGAAGAUCUGCAACGAGGAGUGGAACAAAAUCCCUCCUGAGAUGUGUGCAAACCUGGUGGCCAACUACAAGAAACGUCUGACCUCUGUGAUUGCCAACAAGGGUUUUGCCACCAAGUACUAAGUCAUGUUUUGCAGAGGGGUCAAAUACUUAUUUCCCUCAUUAAAAUGCAAAUCAAUUUAUAACAUUUUUGACAUGCGUUUUUCUGGAUUUAUUUGUUGUUAUUCUGUCUCUCACUGUUCAAAUAAACCUACCAUUAAAAUUAUAGACUGAUCAUGUCUUUGUCAGUGGGCAAACGUACAAAAUCAGCAGGGGAUCAAAUACUUUUUUCCCUCACUGUACCUUAAUAGAAAAUGACUCAAGUAAAAGUGAAAGUCACCCAGUAAAAUACUACUUGAGUAAAAGUCUAAAAGUAUUUGCUUUAAAAUAUACUUAAGUAUCAAAAGUAAAAGUAUAAAUCAUUUCAAAUUUCUUAUAUUAAGCAAACCAGUUGGCAAGAUUUUAUUUUGUAUUAUAUUUACGGAUAGCCGGGGCACACUCCAACACAAACCCAGCAUUUGUGUUUAGUGAGUACGCCAGAUCAGAGACAGUAUGACCAGGGAUGUUGUCUUGAUAAGUGUGUGAAUUGGACCAUUUUCCUGUCCUGCUAAGCAUUCAAAAUGUAACGAGUACUUUUGGGUGUCAGGGAAAAUGUAUGGAGUAAAAAGUACAUUAUUUUCUUUAGGAAUGUAGUGAAGUAAAAGAUGUAAGAAAUAUAAAUAGUAAAGUAAAUUACACAUACCUCCAAAAAUUACUUAAGUAGUACUUUCAAGUAUUUUUACUUAAGUACUUUACACCACUGUUUGUUUUACUAUACUUGUCAGGACACACACACAGUCAAGAGACUACAAAACAUUUUAGUUACAAAUAUUAGUAUAAGGGUCCUUGACAAGGUUGUGUUGACCUUUGUGUUAAACCACGUACGUUCAGUCAGUUCAUUACAUCAGGACUGCAGUGACAAACCAGCUUGAUUAAGUGUGUGUGUGUGUGCGUGCGCGUCUCUCAGAGGAGUUCGAUUAAUUGGAGGUAUGUAGGAAUGAAGCAGCAAAUGACAACAUGUCUUUAAUAAUGACAAACAACAAAGAGAGAGAGAGAGACAGGGGAAGAGGAGAGAAAUAUUGAGAGGGGAGAGAGAGGGGAGAGAGAGAGGGGAGAGACAUGGAAGAGGAGAGAAAGAUGAGGAGGGAAAGAGAGAGAGAGGGGAGAGAGAGAGAGGUGGUCCUCUGUAGCUCAGCUGGUAGAGCACGGCGCUUGUAACGCCAAGGUAGUGGGUUCGAUCCCCGGGACCACCCAUACACAAAAAAAAUGUAUGCACGCAUGACUGUAAGUCGCUUUGGAUAACAGUGUCUGCUAAAUGGCAUAUUAUAUUAUUAUUAUUAUAGAGAGAGAGGGGAGAGACAGGGAAGAGGAGAUAAAGAUGAGGAGGGAGAGAGAGGGGAGGGGGAGAGGAGAGAAAGAUGCAGAGGGGAGGGAUAGUGAGAGGGAGAGAGAGAGAAGGGGAAGAGGAGAGAAAGAUGGAGAGGGGAGGGAAAGAGAUGUGUGGGUGAGUGUGUGUAUCUGCAUGCGUGCAUGUCUGUGCAUGCGCGCGUUCUACAAAUGAGAUUGCAGGUAUUUGGUUAGAAAAUACUGUAUAUGCUUGUUUACAAUGACCUUUUAGUAGGGCAUGUCAGGAGCGGAGGUGAUUUACAUGAUGGAGGAUUGUACUGUGGUGAACUCCAGCUGCUGUAGGGAUGAACAUGGACGGAUACAGACAGACCCAGUAGACGGAUGACUUUGACAUUCUAAGUUUUAUAGAACAAUAUAAUGGAAUGAAGAAUACAGAUACUCUAGAUGUCCUUGACAAAAAUAACUGCAACAUUUCAAGGCACUUAAUCCAAAUUGAGUUUUGAAAACUCCAGCUUUCAUAAAGGCUUUUCAGAAUAAAGGUUUUUCAAUUAAAUCCCAUCAUGAGAUUGUGCAUAAUAGAGUUGCUUAUGUGCAUUGCUGUGAGGCUAAGGUCUGUCUCUUUCUCUAUCUAUCUCUCUCUACCUUUUUCUGUCCCUCCAUCUCUCAUUAAAGUAUGUGUGGGCUGAGUCUCAGGUGGGAGAAAGUUGUAUUAGGGAUGAUUCUACAUCUCAGAGGCGUUCUAUGAUCACUGGUAUUUAUAAACCAAACAACAUAAAGCUGCUUAGAACACACGCACACACACACCCCGAGGCGAGAUUAACACAACAGCAAGAGCUGGAGAUUAUUCUGUCUCUGAGUUUCCUUCCUUCAGGAGUUGAGAACUUUCCCUCUAUCCCUCUCUUUCUCCCUCUGGCUGCUGUCUUUCCACCGCAAAGGAGGAAAGAGAUCCGCCAUUUUAGCUAUCAUCAUUUCAGAAAGAGUUGUUCAGCUUCAAACUUUUCUCUUUGGGGCCUUUGCUAACUUUCCUUGAGUGCACUGACUACACACACUGUCAUGUUGAACGGUAGUCACUUUGUGGUUUUGAGGUAUUUGUCGCUAGCAGGUCUUAUCAUGUGACAUCACAUCCAAAAUUAUUGGCACCCCUGAUAAAGAUGAGCAAAAAAGACUAUAAAAUAAAUAUAUACAAAUACUGAGCUAUAUUUUAUGCUAAAAUAAAUGGGGAAAUUAUAUUAUUUUAGACUAAUAAAAUUGCUCUGAGAAAAAUAUUUUGUUUAACAAUUAAUACAAAUAAAUACAAAUAAGAUACGUGUCAAAAUGAUUGGCACCCCUGUUUUCAAUCCAUUGUGCACCCUCCCCUUGCGAGGAUAACAGAACAUAGCCUUUUUCUAUAAUGUUUUAUGAGAUUGAAUUACACAUUGGGAGGUAUCUUAGACCAUUCCUCCAUACAUAAUCUUUCCGGAAUCUUGAUAUCCUUCGGUCUGCGCUUAUGGACUGCCUUCUUUAAUUCAAACCACAGGUUUUCAAUGGGGUUCAAGUCCAGAGACGGAGAUGGCCAUUGCAAAAUGUUGAUUUUGGGUCAAUUAACCAUUUCUUUGUGGAUUUUGAUGUGUGCCUUGGGUCAUUGUCUUGCUGAAAGAUCCAAUCCACUUGGGGCCAAGUUUCAGCCUCCUGGCAGAGGCAACCAGGUUUUUGAUUAAAAUGUCCUGAUACUUGGUAGAGUUCAUGAUGCUGUUGAUCUUAAGCAGGGGGCCCAAUGACCAGUGGAAGCAAAACAGCCCCAUAACAUCAAAGAUCCACCACCAUAUUUUACAGUAGGUAUGAGGUUAUUUUCUGCAUAAGCAUCCUUCUUUCGAGGCCAAACCCACCACUGGUUUGCGUGGCCAAAGAGCUCUAUUUACGUCUCAUCUGACCAUAGCACCUGGUUCCAAUCCAAGUGCCAAUGCCGUUUAGCAAACUCCAGGCAUUUACAUUUGUUAGUUGCUCUCAAUAAAGGCUUUUUUUUAUGGCAACCCUUCCUAAUAGCCUGUUGGCAUGGAGGUGGCGUCUAGCAUGGAGGUGGUAGUUUCCAGUAAUAUACCCUCUCUUUGCAACCCUACGGAUGACAAAUGGAUUUUACAUGCGUGUUACCUAAUUUUUAUACCCAAGUGAAACAGGAAGCCAUGAAAGGCCACAAUUCAGUUCCUUCAACUGAGAUUAAUUUUUAAAAGUUGAAAGUGAAUUCAGAUUGUUGUUUGAUUUUAUAUAUAAUAUUUGUUAGGGGUGCCAAUCAUUUUGAUGUCUAUCUUUUUAAGAUUGUGUUUUACUUGUUAAACAAAAUCUGUUUCUCUGAGCAAUUGUAUUAGUAUAAAAUAAUAUAAUAUCUUUGAGCAUAUAAUAUAGCUCAGUAUUUGUAUUAUUUAUGUUAGUCUUUUUUGCUCAUUUUUAUCAAGGGAGCUAAUCAUUUCAGAUGUGACUGUAGAUGGAAAUUGUCAGCACUACAACAGUAUUAGAUCCAGAGUUAUUCUGGAAGCUCAUUCUGUGUGUGUGUGUGGGUGUGUGUGUAUGUGUGUUAAUGCGUCAUUUCUCCUCCCUAGUGUGUGUUCUGACAGUAAAGUGCUAAUUGUAAUUAUCAGGUUUUAAUUGUGAUUUUUUAACUGAACAUUACAAAUGUGAGAUUCUGACGAAGGCUGGUAAAGAGCACCGUGUGUAUGUGUGUGUGUGUGUGUGUCAAACAGAAGUCAAACUUUACGGUAAACAGGAAAGAAACACUUCUGGUUUGUAGUUAGUUUUGUAUGUUUUUUGUCGUUGCUGCUGAUAGCGGUCUCCCUUUUCUCUCUGUGUGUCUGUGUUUGUGUGUGUUUUAGGGCAGGAGACACAGGUUGGGAGUGAAUACAGGACUGGAGGGAAAAUGGUGCAGUCUAAUACCUAUAGGAGGACCAUGCAGAACACACACCACUGGACUCAAAUGGAACCUGGGUGAGCACACAGACACACACAGACAGACAAACACAGACAGACACACACACAGACACACACACACACACACACACACACACACACACACACACACACACACACACAGAGACACAAAGACACACACGAGCACUCCUCUUUCCCUGCUCUUUGUUUGCACAAUCACACACACCCUGUCUGUCCCCCUGUGGUUUGUCCCAGUCCUAGGCCCAGUGGCCAGCUGUGUUCUUAAUGAGUUGGCUCAGACCACUGCACCACCGGUACAGGGCGGGACCUCAACAAUCUGUUGGUUGUAUAACUCAGUGUCAAGGGGAAUCCAGGCAGGAGGUGUGUGUGUGUGUGUCUGUGUCUGUGUCUGUGUGUCUGUGUGCAGGUGCGUGCGUGCGCUUGUUGGCUCCUGGCCUGUGAAUGUGUGUGUGUUACUUCCCAGUCAACCUGUUACCUCAGCACCUGA